AUGAGUCAAGGAUUAAAUUCCGAUUGUUUACAAAUAAUUUUUUCAAAUUUGAAGGAAAUUCCAACUAUUUACUCAUGUUCUUUGGUAAAUAAGCAAUGGAAUGAAAUUGCAAUCCCUUAUUUAUGGGAAAAUCCAUUCAGAUAUUUAAAUUGGGUAGCAAUAGAUUCUAAUGUAUUAGAAAAUUUUUCAUCCGUUAAAAAUAUUUCAGAUUCUAAAGAUCCUCUUAAAGGAAAUGUGAUGAAAGAAAGUACUGUUACAUUUCGAAGAUAUGAAAAUUUAUUAAAUUCUUAUUUAUAUUUUAUGGAAGAUAAUGAUAAAAAAAAAGAAAUUUUUGUUAAUCCUUUAAAUAAAAGUCCAUUAUAUAAUUAUAGUACAUAUUUAAAAUGUCUUGAUAUUGAUAGAAUUAUUAAUACUAUAAAGAAUUGGUCUUCUGAUAUUAAAGUUGAACCAAUUUUAAUUAAUUUAUUAUAUAUUUUUAUGAAAUAUUCAAAAAAUGUGAUCAAAUUAUGUUUUGAUCCAAAAUUUCAAGAUAAUAAUAUAAUAAUUUUAUCAUCAUUUACUUAUUUAAAUGAUAAUUAUAAUAUUUUAUUUAAAGAAUUUCUAUCAAAUAUUAAAGAAUUUGAAUGUUCAGCAACUUAUUAUUCUUUUCAACAAUGUUUUGAUAUUUAUCCAUCAAAUAAUAUUUUUAAAUUUCUUUUUACAAUUAUUACAAAUAUUAAAUCAUUUAAUAUGAAUAUUCCUGGUUCUUUUAUAUUAUUAGAUAAUAAAUUUGAUGAAUCAUUAAAUGAAUUAAGUAAUUUUAUAAAUAGUCAACAUUCUAUUAAUAAACUUAAUUUAUUUUUUGGUUUAUCAUUUUUAUCUAAUAAUGACAUAAUAUUUAAUUUAUUUAAAAAAUUUUUUAUUAAUCUUGAAUAUUUGGAAUUGGAAUUUGAAAAUACUUUUAAUUUAGAAUUAAAAAAUGAAAAAUUUAUUAAAUUAAAAUAUUUAAAAUUCAAUUCUUUUAUUUUAACUAAAUCAUUAAUUUAUAUUAUUAAUAAUUCAGUAAAUGAUAAUAAUAAUUAUUAUGAUAAUAAUAAUGGUGGAUUGGAAUAUAUUUCUAUUGAAACUUGGCAAACUAGUGAUAAUAAUCAUUUAUUAUUAUUAGAUGCUAUAUUAUUAUUAAAUUAUCAUUAUCUUACUUAUUUACAUAUACCAAUUGUUAUUACAAAUAUUGAAUCAUUUAAAAAAUCUAAGAAUUUAUGUGAAUUAUUUAAAAAUUUAAAUUUUUUAAGAUUUGAUUCAAUUAUUCAACCUCAGAUUAAUGAUAUUGAUUAUUCAAAUGAUAUUUUAAAAGUUUUAAAAGAUUAUAGUAGUUUAAAUAUUAAAAAAUUUGAAUUAUUUGGUUGGUGGAAUUUAUUACCUGAAAAUAUUAAAGAUUUUAUUGAUUAUAAAAAAUCUUUAAAAUGUUAUUUUAAAUUAUAUAUUGAUAAUGAUUUAUCUGAUGGAUUUUCUUUACUUUCUUCUUAUUUUAAAGAUGAAAUUUUAUUAUUACCUUUCUCAUCUCAUAUUCCGGAUUAA